GGUUUUGAUGACCUAGUCUGAUUACAGCAUCUUUGACAGCUUUAAAGGAAUUUGCUCGGGGGAAGACGACAGCUGCUGCUCUGAUGAAGGAUUUUUCUGAGCAGGCCUCCCAAGCAAGACGUGUCAGCAUGAGAUGCUGCCUACGCUUUUCAUCAUGACCAACAGGUGGUUAAAUUGCAAUCAAAAGCACUUAGCAGGAAUGGAUCCAUCCCUGUUAUGAGAUUUGAACUCCUGACAUCUUUAUCCACUGGAACUUGAGUGCCCAGGACACACCAGAGAGGGGAUUUUGAGAACGUUUUACAAGCCUUGCAGCUGUGAGCCGGUUGCAGCAUGAGGAAAAGCCCUCCAACACACCAAUGUACAGGAAAGAGAAGACAGAUGACAGUAGCUGUCCUCCUUCAAUAUUGAGGAAAAGGCCACCAGUGGACCAAGCUGUGGGGGAAAAACGGAAAGCAGAGAGAAGGGUUCGGUUUCGUGAGCCAGAAGAAGUUAUUGAACAUGUUAUUUCCUGCUGUGACUACGUAGUGGUCCAUGACAGGUCAUCAUCUGGCCUGCCUGUGCUCCUGGGGCUCUCCUUUUGCGCUGUGCUGAUCCUGGCUGCGAGUCUCUACUACACCAGCAUGAAGCAAGACACCAAAGUCCUGGAGGAAUUUCAAUCCCGACUUGUUAUCUUCUUUCUUCAGAUAAGACACAUCGCUCAUAAAUGCUGGACUUGGUUUAUGAGGUAGUAGUGAUGACCUCCAUCUGCAGUGAGCCUGGUAGACUUCUCAGAGCACUGGUAACCAUCACGCAGCAGAUCAAAGCUCCCUGUCCACUCAGUCCCCAUGCAAGGAACACAUGAGCAUCCAACUCAAAGAACAAGAAAACCACCCCUCUUGUGCACUUUCUAGCAGCUACUUGUUCUCCUUUCCUUUUUUUUUCUUUUUCCUUAACAUUACUGAAUGAUAAUAAUAGCACCAAGAGGUUCCACCAAAUUGAUGCUCCAUCAUCCUUAACAGCAAACAAGUGUCUGAGUUUUGUCCCCCAAAAAGCUUAUAAACUGCUGUUAUGAGGAGCAGAGGCAGAGAGAAAUUCAUUGAUCUGUGCAGGCAGCAGCACGCUGAAUAAAAGUCUCCCGAGUCUCAGGUCAAAGCAUUAAAUACCAAAUCAUCUUUCUCCUCAUGUCUCCUAAGAGCUAUUCUACAGAAGUUAAAAUAAAGCUGAACUAUUGCACAAACACUGCUCUGGUGGCCAAAGGCUUGUCAAGCUGCUACAUUUAUAUACCUGAAAUGAUUGUUAGUAAAAUCACUGCAAAUAGCUUUCUUCUUUCCCUUCAUGCAUUUUUUCCUCCAUGGGCAAGAGUGGACUCUUAAUGUUUCACUUGACUCCCAGGUGUGAAAAAGAACAUGAAAACUCAUUUAAAUAGUAAACAGAGCAUUUGCCUAACAUAAUACAUAGCAGCAUCAAAUCCCAGGUUAAUUAUCAAAUCAGUGGCUUAAUCCUCUGGGCUUGAUGCAGUCCAUAAACCCCACGAGCUGAGCUUACAAGAUUUAUGGCAGUGCUUGUCUCCAGUCAGAGGUUUUGCUUUUAUGUCUGUGUGUUCAAAACCUUAUGUAAGGGUAUUACGGACUGUUUAUGAAGGUGUGGGGUCAAAGCCCUGUAAUCUCUUUGUUGUAGCACCAUACAGUGCAACCUCUCUGGAGCCAAUCAUUUUUAUGGAGAUCAGGCAAUAAAUGUGGAAUGAUGCUCUGGGUGCCUGAGAGGACAUCAAGCAAGUGCAAGCUUAUGAGCUUGAGCUAUGUUUUCUUCCUAAACAAAAACAUCAUGUCACACUUUUCAGGCCUUAGAUUCUAGUCGAGUAACACUUGAUAUAUGCUUGGGUUUAUUCAGUGUAAGGAUGACAGCAGAGCCCAUAAGAGCUGAAGAAAAAGAAAAGAAAGAGAAAGGAAACAGGGCAGAGAAUAUGGAUGUGAUGACUGCACGACCUUGACUAGAACUCCUCUGCGUUUGCAACCCACUAAAAACAAGCAAAAAUAGUGAUUUAUUCUUAAUUGACUUUUAAAAAAAGAGAGGACAAUACUUCUCUGCCCCACCAAUCUUGUCCAAGCAGCCCAAGGACUUAAACCAGGCAGAGGAUUAAAAGAAACCAAUUAUGCAGCCUUCUCUCAGGAGCAGAGUGGGCAGCAACUUGACUGAGAAUGAGU